UCACGACGUCAAGGCCUUGUUUCAUUACAGUGUUUCUGCCACCUUUGUACAAAAGACAAUUUUACUUGUGUCACAGAUGGGCUCUGCUUUGUCUCUGUCACAGAGACCACAGAUAAAGUUAUACACAAUAGCAUGUGUAUAGCUGAAAUCGACCUAAUUCCUCGAGACAGGCCGUUUGUAUGUGCACCGUCCUCAAAAACUGGGUCUGUUACUACAACGUAUUGCUGCAAUCAGGACCAUUGCAAUAAAAUAGAACUCCCAACUGUUGGAAAGCCAUCAUCUGGCCUUGGUCCUGUCGAACUGGCAGCUGUCAUUGCUGGACCAGUCUGCUUCGUCUGCAUCUCACUCAUGUUGAUGGUCUAUAUCUGCCAUAACCGCACUGUCAUUCACCAUCGAGUGCCAAAUGAAGAGGAUCCUUCAUUAGAUCGCCCUUUUAUUUCAGAGGGCACUACGUUAAAAGACUUAAUUUAUGAUAUGACAACAUCAGGUUCUGGAUCAGGUUUACCAUUGCUUGUUCAGAGAACAAUCGCGAGAACUAUCGUGUUACAAGAAAGUAUCGGCAAAGGUCGAUUUGGAGAAGUUUGGCGAGGGAAGUGGAGAGGAGAAGAAGUCGCUGUUAAAAUAUUCUCCUCUAGAGAAGAACGUUCAUGGUUCCGUGAGGCAGAGAUUUAUCAAACUGUAAUGUUACGUCAUGAAAACAUCUUGGGAUUUAUAGCAGCGGACAAUAAAGACAACGGUACGUGGACUCAGCUCUGGUUGGUGUCAGAUUAUCAUGAGCAUGGCUCCCUUUUUGAUUAUUUGAACAGAUACACAGUGACUGUGGAAGGGAUGAUAAAACUCGCUCUGUCCACGGCAAGUGGACUCGCCCAUCUUCACAUGGAGAUUGUUGGUACCCAAGGAAAACCAGCCAUUGCUCAUAGAGAUUUGAAAUCCAAGAAUAUCUUGGUAAAGAAGAAUGGAACUUGCUGCAUUGCAGACUUGGGACUGGCAGUAAGGCAUGAUUCGGCCACAGAUACAAUUGAUAUUGCUCCAAACCACAGAGUGGGAACAAAAAGGUACAUGGCCCCUGAAGUUCUAGAUGAUUCCAUAAAUAUGAAACAUUUUGAAUCCUUCAAACGUGCCGACAUCUAUGCAAUGGGCUUAGUGUUCUGGGAAAUAGCUCGACGAUGCUCCAUUGGUGGAAUUCAUGAAGAUUACCAGCUGCCUUAUUAUGAUCUUGUACCUUCUGAUCCAUCAGUUGAAGAAAUGAGAAAGGUUGUUUGUGAACAGAAGUUAAGGCCAAAUAUUCCAAACAGAUGGCAGAGCUGUGAAGCUCUGAGAGUAAUGGCUAAAAUCAUGAGAGAAUGCUGGUAUGCCAAUGGAGCGGCAAGGCUUACAGCUCUGCGGAUUAAGAAAACAUUGUCACAGCUCAGUCAACAAGAAGGCAUCAAAAUGUAAUUGUGCAGCUUGGCCUGGGCUCUGCUUUUCCUUCAGAUCUGCUCCUGGGUUUAAUUUGGGAGGUCAGUUCUACCUCACUGAGAGGGAACAGAAGGAUAUUGCUUCCUUCUGCAACAGUGUAAUAAGGUCAAUUAAAAACUUCCCAGGAUUGCUUUGGACCCAGGAAACAGCCAUGGGGUCCUUUCUGUGCACUAUGAACGCUUCUUUCCCAGGACAGUUACAAAAUGUUGUGUAGUCUACCUUUAUCUUUUAUUAACACAAAACUUGUUUUUUUAAAACAUAAUUGCUGGUCUUAACUUUAGGUAGCUCUGCUGUGCUAAAGAUCGUCUUUAAGGGUAAAGGAACUGGAUUGCUGAGUUAUAUGAAACAUUUCUUAUUUUUAAAGAAAGUGAUUUACUCCUGGUUAGUACAUUCUCAGAGGAUUCUGAACCACUAAAGAGUUUCCUUGAUUCAGACUUUGAAUGUACUGUUCUAUAAUUUCAGGAUCUUAAAACUAACACUUAUAAAACUCUUAUCUUGAGUCUAAAAAUGACCUCAUGUAGUAGUGAGGAACAUAAUUUAUGCAAUUGUAUUUUGUAUACUAUUAUUGUUCUUUCACAUAUUCACAACAUUACAUGCCUUCAAAAUGGGAUUGUACUAUACCAGUAAGUGCCACUUCUGUAUCUUUCUAACGGAAAUAAGUAGAAUUGCUUAAAGUCUGUAUAUGUUAAAACCUGAAGUGUUUUAACUGAAAAAGUUUAUUUAUCUGGGUAACUCAGACGUUUUCUGUUUUGUUUUUUGGAAGUUUUGUGGUGUGUCAUUCAGUAUUCCAUUUUGAAAAUGCCUUUCUCCUACCAAAAUGUGCUUAGCCCACGAAAGAAGUGAAGUGUCAUUAAUUGGUAAAUUAUCAUGGUCAUGUUUGAAUAUUCUCACAUCCAGCUUUUGCAUUUUAAUUAUGUUGUCUAAGUAUACUUAAAAAAAUCAAGUGGCACUCUAGAUGCUUAUAGUACUUAAGUUAAAAUUUGUAGUGUACAGGCUAAUUUUUCUCCAAGGGAAAAUCUGUCUAGCUACUUGUGAAAAGUUGUGUUGCAUUCUGUAAGCCAUUUUGUUCUUUAUCUGAUCAGAGACAGUGUUAUUUUUUUAAGAAAUGAAUUACAUUUAAAAUUAGAAUAUGGUUAAUGUUAAAUAAUAGGCCUUUUUCUAGGGAGGUGAAAGUAGUGAAUAAUUUGAGUAGAUGACAGGUGUGCGAGAGAGUCACCUUUGUUUUGUAGGAGUCGCUAUUCGGUGGGUUUUGUCUUUGUAACAAGGUUAGAGUAGCGUGUUCUGAGGUCUCACCACACUCUGAGGAAGGCAGCUCUUCAUUCCGUCUUUCCUUCUGCACACGGAGUGCGGCUGUGUGGUUCCAUGGCCAUGUCAUGAGUUCAGUGCACCCUUGAUAUUUGGGAGAGAGGAAGCUAAAGAAUAUUCUGAGUACAGGUUCUCCAUUUGCGGAUGUUUUCAGUCAGAUUAGAUGUUUAAAGCAAACUGGUCAUGGUCUUCUCACAUUAAGUUGAAAUUAGCUUAUAAGGACUGGUUUUUAUUUCCAGUGCUAAAAGUCUUUGUAGGGCUUGUACCAUUUUCAAAGUUCUCUUAUCACUGUGAUCUUAUUCUGAGGGAGGAAAAACUGUCAUAGCUGUGAGGCAAGACAUUGACUUUAUAGUACUAUCGAUUUCCCAUUUGAAAGGGUCAGAAUAACCCUGACAGCAUUUUGGUCAGAAAGAGACAAUGGCCAUUCACGCUGACUGAGCUGCAUUCUGAUAAUGUCUUAUCUCUUAUACGUAGAAUCAAUUGAAAGACUAUUUGGUCUUAAACCAAAGUAAUUUUAGAGUGAAUGACAUAUUACAUAGGAAUUUAGUGUCAAUUUCAUGUGUUUAAAAACAUCAUGGGGAAAAUGUGCUUAGAGGUUAAUAUUUUGACUCCAAAUUUGAGUUUUUUCUGUAGUUACCAUGAUUUCAUCAAAGCAAGUGAAUGAGUUUGAGAGGUUUGUUUUUAUAAUUGUGUUAUAUUUCCUGUUUCAUCUCUAGCUCUAUGAUCAGGUACUUUUUUUUUUUUUUUGGCCAUUUCUAAGCCUACCAGAUCUGCUUUAUGAAAUCCAGGGGACCAAUGCAUUUUAUCACUGAAACUAUUUUUAUAUAAUUUUAAGAACAUACCAAAAGUUCCUGUCUGAUUUAAAGUUGUGACACGUGAUUUCUCACUUUCAUAUAAGAUAAUAAACUUCUGCUGAAGGUAUUGAGUCAAAGAUCGAGUUACAGUUAUGGUGUUCUUGCCUAAGUGGAUAAAAUGUACUUUUGAUAAAUCAGGGAAUUUUUAAAAAGUUGGAAUUUAGUUCUAAAUUGGGUUUAUUACUGCAGCUAAUUCCUUUUUUGGCUAAUGAUGGUUUGAUAAACCCCAGCUGUCUAAUAUUGAAAAUGAAAGUAACUUAAACAAUGAAAUAGAUCAUGAUUACUAUGGCCAUAACUGCAGAUAAAUUUGACUAGAGUAUUAAUUUUGUUAUUUAGAAACAGAAGCCUUUAUUUAUACUGCCUAUCUUCAGAUGCUCACCUUCCAGGAUUCAGCUUGGCUGAAAUACACCUGCAGGCAAAUUGCCUGUCCACAUCCAUUUUGUCAAUAUCCCCAAGGAAUAGGGGUGGACAGGUGUCACUUGGUGGGGCGCAGACAUCCUAGCCCUUCCUUCAUAACUUCAGCUGUUUCUCCCCACCUGCCUGCCUGCUGGCCCCUGGCUCAGAGGCCACUCUCUUAUACCACCUGCCCCGCCCUGGCCCCCCAGCAGCCUUUGACUGAAUAGCUGCUUUUGAUAUCUAAGUGAAUGGUGGAUGGAUGUUGUGGGGUACUUCCGCUUCCUGGAGCCAUUGGAUGUUGCUGGGAGGGGUCUCCACGUUUGGAGAUUGGGUGGAUGAGGGCCCUACUGGCUGCCCUGCUUUGACUUCAGCCGUGGCCAAGGAGGGGGUGGCAGCCAGGUGGCGGCUGAGGGACAGUGGGAGUUGUGCCAGAAGCAGUGGCCAGUUGUAUCCUCUGUAGGACAGGGUAAGUCCCAAAGAGCUGAGCCUGUAAUUCUGCUGUAAUGAUAGUGCUCAAGAAGUGCCUUGAGUCGUGUACAGUGCCGUGCCACCAAGAAUUCCAAAUUUCAGUUCUUACUACAAAAUUUAAGUGGUCACUUGGCCAUUUUGCAGUUCAUGCACGAGUUACCUUUUUUCCCUCUACAUCUGAGAACUAUCACGUAGAAUAUUUUGUAAAACAAGAUGGCAAAGUGCUAAUUAAAAUGCACAACAGAAUCAGUACCCCAUUAGAUGUGUCAUAUCGACAGUUUAUUUUUGUCCUUGCACUGAAAGAGUGAUUGUAAGUCAGCUGUUCCUUUCGCUUCUUGACUGUGGCAGUGUUGUGGCUCCAAAUUGUAGAGAUUCCAGAUAAUGAUUCUGUUGCAGCUUGGUGGAAAAUGCCAAUUCAGAUAUUUCUGAGAUCCUGAAUAGCUCUGGACAUGUACUGCAGCUUCUUGUGUCUGCUUUGGAAUGCUGGAGUAUCCAUGGGCCCUCUCUCUGGCAAUGCUGGACUUCUAGGACAUUCUGAGGGUUGUCAGUACAUUUAAACUUUUCAAUCCCAUUAUGCAAUCUUAUUUGUAACUAUAAACUUUUAAAAAUGUGGUUAAUAAUAUUCAACCUGUUUCUUAAAGCUUAAAAAGAACUUCAGUGAAUUUGUUUUUAUUUUUUAACAAGAUUUGUGAAUUUAAUUAUCAUGAACCAUGUUUUGAUAACCCUUUUUCACAUUGUGCCAAUGGAAUGGAGUGUUUGAUAUUUCUUUAUAUGUCAAGGAGAUGCUUCAAAAUGUCAAUUGCUUUAAACUUAAAUUACCUCUCGAGAGACCAAGGUACAUUUACCUCAUUGUAUAUAUAAUGUUUAAUAUUUGUCAGAGCAUUCUCCAGGUUUGCAGUUUUAUUUCUAUAAAGUAUGAGUAUUAUGUUGUUAAAUUACUCAAAUGGUACUGUAUUGUUUAUAUUUGUACCCCAAAUAACAUCAUCUAUACUUUCUAUUUUCUGUAUUUUAUUGUAUUUGUGCAAAAUUCUUUUGGCUUUAUCACUGUAAUCUCUGUCCUUUCAGAUCUGUACAGAAAAUGUCCAUAUAAAUUUUCUUUUAAGUUGAAUGAUUUUGAGAAACCUGUAAAGAGGAGAGAAAAACAAAAACUGCAGUUCCCCAUAAGUUUUUUAAAAUUGUAUAUUGUAUUUGUAGUAAAUUCUGAAUGAACUGUAAAUAGGAAGUAGAAGAGUGAUACUAAUGUCAAGUCCUAACACUACAGUAGGAAAAUGGAAGCAAUGCAAAUAAAUUACUUUUUUUCCCA